GUUGGCUCUUGACACACAUCACACCGUUGGGUUGUGGCUAGCGGCGAUUGGUGAUAAGCCCGAACUCUUUACCACAUCUCCAGUUUGGGCUGAAGUCAAUUCCAGUCCAGGUGUUCCAUCACUAGGGGUCCGUUAUCAAACAGGCAUCACAAUGGGUGCGGACGACGAGAGACUGAACCAAAUGGAGAUAUCGGAAGGCGAGAGCUACCCGGAGAAACAGGGCGGGAUUUACUGCCGCAAGAGUCAGAUCGCGGCGUUUGUGGUCCUAGCUAUCCUGGCGACGACUGGUGUGGGGCUGAUGGCGGGCCUUCUACCGCAAUGUGACGUUCCUCCGGCCGAACCGAUCAAAGGCACCUCUGCUAAACCUCCGACGAAGACUACUAAAAUGCCACCCAUGAUGACCACCAAACAAUCAAUGAUGACCACCAAACAAUCAAUGAUGACUACCGACGAACCGAUGACCACUUCUGCCCCGUGUAAUGAUCCCUGGUGCAACCUACGCCUACCCUCCGCCAUCUAUCCGGAGCACUACAAGUUGCUGCUCUACCCGGACCUAGAGACCGCUAACUUCACCGGCACAGUGGACAUUGACAUCGUGGUGAAUGAAACCAUCAGGUUUCCACGGCUCCACAUCAAGGAAAUGAUCAUCCUUUCGUCUGAGAUCAGGCCGGCCGUAGAUUCAGGCUCCACGCCGGCACCACCUCUGGCGGUGGCUCGGCCGCCCUUUGAUUAUGUCCCGAAUCAGUUUUACGUGAUGGAGAUGGCGCAAGAUCUGCAGCCAGGCAACUAUGUUUGGAGCCUGGAGUUUCAGGGAUAUCUGCAACCAAACCGUGUCGGCUUCUACCUGAGCACGUACAUAAAUGACAAAGGCGAAAAAAGAUAA